AUGGCUGACUCUGCAGAUGCAGGGGAAGCUGCCGAGGCUGCAGCCCAGGAAGGAGCAGAUCUUCCUUCCGCAAAGGCUGUGGGGAGCUGGGAUCCGUCAAAAGUCAUGGAUGAGAUCGACAGCCUGCGGGCACAGUACAAAGCGCAGGUCGACAGCAACAAAGUUUCGCCCCGGCUACAGUUCAUGUAUGGUUUCGCCUUGGCUUGCUCGUCGAGGUAUGCGGACGUCGACGAAGGCAUCUUCCUGCUGAGCGAACUGAUGGAC